CGAAACCAUCUCUCACGGACCAAACUCCUCCCCAUGCUGGACAACAAGAAGGGAAAGGCCAGCAAGGCGUACGAUGGCGAUCGAACAAGUCCCUAUUGGUCAAUAUUCGAGGAAAAAGAGGUCUUCAAGAAGACUGAUAUUGGAGUCAACUUCCGUCAAGUUGGGUGGUUCAAUGCGGGUGUGAUCUUCAUUAAAAUACUCUUUGCGACAGGGGUGCUAUCACUGCCAUCAGCGCUACACUCACUGGGAGCCAUAGGAGGUUCAAUUAGCAUCGUGGCUUGGGGAUGCUUCAAUACCUAUUGUUUUGUCAUUCUAGGCAACUUUCGCACAAAACACCCUUACUGCCAUUCGAUCGCUGACAUGGCUGAGGUUGUCGGAGGUAUAGUUGUGAAGGAGGCAACGGGGUUAUUGUAUAUCAUUGCCUAUGUCCUGGCGACAGGAAGUGGCAUUGUUGGUGUGUCGACCGCGCUGAAUGCCCUUUCGCGCCAUGCCGCAUGCACUGUCUGGUGGUCAUUUCUUGCCACAGUUGUCAUUAUCGUGACCGCCUCCAUUCGCAAACUUCAGCAUGUGGGCUGGCUCACCUAUGCUGGCUUUAUUUCUAUUUACGCCGCUGUACUAAUCGUUGUGAUUGGGGUAACUACACGAGACCGACCAGCAGCUGCACCUCAGGAGGGCCCAUAUGAACUAGGCUUCGUGGCAAUCAAUAAUCCUGGAUUUGCGGCCGGCAUGGUCGCCUCCUGCACGAUAUUUGUGUCAUCAGCCGGCACCAGUGCCUUCUUGCCUGUCAUCUCGGAGAUGCGUAACCCAAAAGAUUACAAGAAGCCGCUAUACUUUUGUAUGACUCUUGUCACCACUUCGUACCUUGCCUUUAGCUUGGUUGUCUAUCGCUGGUGUGGGAAGUGGGUGGCGAGCCCAUCUUUGGGGAGUGCAGGUCAAACGAUAAAGAUGGUGUCUUACGGUGUUGCGUUGGUGGGAUUGAUCGUGAGCGCUACGCUGUACCUGCAUGUGGCGGCCAAGUAUGUUUUCGUACGCAUUCUAGGAAACUCGCGGCACUUGCAGGCCAACACAGUCGUCCAUUGGGGUACUUGGAUUGCAAGCACUGUCAUCCUCGGUGCCCUUUCCUUCAUCCUGGCGGAGGCGAUUCCAAUCUUUAACUAUCUCAUUGCCCUUAUUGGCUCCGUGUGUUUUGCCCCCCUCGCCAUGAGCCUUCCGGGCUGGCUGUGGCUAUACGACCACUGGCACUACAAGAAUGGUACUGUGAAACACAAGGUCGUGUUCAUUCUUCAUUGCGGCCUGGUGCUUCUGGGGCUUUUAUUUCUGGUUGGAGCGACGUACGGUGUCGUUAUCCAGAUUAUUGAUGCCUACAGUUCCGGAACUAUUGGUAUGUGCUGGCUAUCCCGUAGGAAAGUAUUUACUGACAUUGACUUGAAAGGAUCGGCAUUCAGCUGUGCAGAUAACUCAAAUUCGUCCUGA